GCCACUGUUCACUGGCAAACGAAAAUCGAUCUGCAGGAGGGUGUAGUGCGGUAGUGGAUUUUCUGUGAUGUCUUCGCUGGAAAAAGUGAAAAUGUGUUCGUUUACGCACUACUCUACACCGAAAUAGUCAAUUGGGUUAUUGAUGAACUACUUCUUGACCCUGCCAGACUAUCACAAUGACCAAGGAUAGACUCGCCGCCCUCAAAGCGGCUCAAGGGGAUGACGAUGUUGCAGUUACAGUUGAAGAUGGGACUGCGUUCAUGGAUGAAUUUUUUGCGGAGGUGGAGGAGAUCCGGGAGAACAUCGACAAAAUACAAGCAAACGUGGAGGAAGUCAAAAAGAAACACAGUGCCAUCCUGUCAGCUCCUCAGACAGACGAAAAGGUGAAACAGGAGCUAGAAGACUUGAUGGCGGACAUCAAGAAGACUGCCAACAAAGUGAGAGCAAAAUUAAAAGUGAUGGAGCAGAACAUUGAACAACUUGAGCAAACUCAAAUGAUGUCUGCAGACUUCAGGAUACGCAAAACCCAGCACUCCAUGUUGUCACAAAAGUUUGUGGAAGUUAUGACAGACUACAACAAGACGCAGACGGAUUACCGAGAACGAUGCAAGGCACGCAUUCAACGACAGCUUGAAAUAACUGGCCGUAUGACAACCAACGAAGAACUUGAAGAGAUGCUUGAAAGUGGAAAUCCAGCUAUCUUCACGCAGGGUAUUAUCAUGGAGACGCAGCAGGCAAAACAGACGCUGGCAGACAUUGAGGCACGCCAUGCAGACAUCAUAAAGCUGGAGAACAGCAUUCGAGAGUUACAUGACAUGUUCAUGGACAUGGCCAUGCUCGUAGAGAGCCAGGGGGAAAUGAUCGACAGGAUUGAAUACCAUGUUGAACAUGCAAGGGACUACAUAGAAACGGCCAAACAGGACACUAAAAAGGCGUUGGUUUAUCAAAGCAAGGCUCGCAGGAAAUGCAUCAUCCUCAUCGCCAUCGCUGUUGUGCUGGUAGUGAUAAUUAUAAUAAUAAUUGCCGUGAACUUAAAGUGAUGACACAUGGGCCCAAAUGCAGCACAAGCGAUCAAGCAAUCACACAAGUGGUCACAGUGAUAGUGUCCCUCAGUUACAAGCAGGAGUGACCAAUGUUUGCUGGACUCUAUUGUCCACCAGUGCCACGAGGACUAUGAUCUCUGCAAAGUGACGAGAGUUUGGGCACUUUUACGGUGAAAUAGGCUGACCGUUCCGUUAGAUUUGUUCUAUCGUCUUCAUUUUAAGUGAUUUUGUUGCCAUUAAUACCGCAUAUACUUCAUGUUGCAGCACAGUGUGAAAUAACACUAUACUAUAUGCUUGAGCAACAGCGCAAUGAUGACUGAAGUUUUGCUAGCCUUUCGGUAAUUUACGGUGUAUUCACUCGAGAGAUGUUCCCCCAGAAUACUCAAGCGCAAGACGCGAAAAAUGUCACAGCUGCCACGUAGGUCACGACUGUUCAUGUGUUCUUGUGCACUGCUAACCGUGGGGGAUAUCCUACGGCUACGCCAUAAGAUAUGCCGUAGCAGGUGACAGGAAAAGAUGUGGACGGUGUCAUCUGCUAGGGAAUAUCCUACGGCUAUGCCGUAAAAUACUCCGUAGCAGGUGACAGGAAAAGAUGUGGACGGUGUCAUCUGCUAGGGAAUAUCCUACGGCUAUGCCGUAAAAUACUCCGUAGCAGGUGACAGGAAAAGGUGUGGAUGGCGGUGUUCUAGCUGCCCACUCCAGGAUAUUCCUGCACCGUGCAAAUGGUCAUCAUAACACACCACGGAACUUCUGUCCCGUGAGCAGUUUCUCUUUUUUUCUUUUUUUGUUCCGUAGAAUAUUUCAUGGGGAUGUCGCUCGUGUGAAUACACAUUUCCCGUCCGAAGGUUGCGCAUAACUUUUGUCUGCUUCACAAUCAUCUUACUCCAAGUGAAUACUGUAAUGCUUCUGUUAUUUAUUAUUAUACUCCAUGGUUACAUUUUAUGUCCUUUUUUUGUUUUUAAAGUUCUGUAUCUGGAUGACUGUUAGUAUCAGAAUUUAUCCUUUGUUGAUUUUGCAUGUGCCCCUUAUUGAAAAUGCAACGACACGGACACAUCUAGGAUGUUUUCACACACAUGCGAGUAUGGCGGUAUUCAAAUUGUACAGAACCGUACAAUGCGGUGCUCUUCGUGUACAACUGCUUAAGUAUUAGCUAUUAGCUACAACUGCGACGAUGUAUCUUGAAUGUCAGGGUUGUGCCCGUGACCAAUAAAGUUAGCCAGCUAAUUAGA